AUGUAUUUUCCACUCCUUGUACUCUACAACCUCAUCGCCCUCGCCCGAAGCUACAGCAUCCCCCAUCAGAUCCCCUUCACCAACUCCAACAACGACCUCUCAGUCCCAGGCACCAACCCCUUCACCUACUGCACAGAUCCAAAAUCCUACAUCCUGCAAAUCAGUAGCCUCAACAUCACCUUAAGCGAGGCGACGAACAACAAACCUAACCUCUCCGUCUCCCUCGACGCACAUCUCAUCCAAACCAUCGAAAACGGCGCCAAGGUCCGAGUGCAGAUUAGUGUGAAGCGAGAUGGGAGGUCGAUGUCUUGGGAGGAGCAGGAAUUCGAUUUAUGCGAGGUGUUGGGGCGGGAAUUUGAUGUGGAGUGUCCUGUGAAGAGUGGUGUUGAGACGAGGGAGAGGGUUCUCAAGUUUUAUGGUCAUGAUAUUGAGAGGGUGAUUGUGCUGAAUGCGUGGACGAGGAAUCAGGAGAGGGUGGUUUGUUUGGUGGGGGCAUUGAAGUUUUAA